AUGCGUGUGCUCUGGGCCCAGCUUGAAAUCCAAACUGCAUCUGAACUGCCCGAGGAAAAGUGUACUCUAGCAGAGGAGCAGACCUUGAAAGUGGACGGUCCCAUCACCCACGACACGGACUCCAACAGCCGGAAGGCUUGGCAGAGUCUGAAAGAUAAAGGGGAGGUCCAGACGCUGGCAAUCACAGUCUCGGGGGAGUUUAGUCAAGUCCUGGUGGGGAGGUACUUCCUAAAAGACGUCCCCAGUGAGAGCACGCUGCACGUCCGAAUGACCAACCUUCGAGUGGAGGACACAGGACUGUACCGAUGUGUGAUCUACCAGCCUCCCAAGGACCCCAUCAUCCUGUUCUACCCUGUCCACCUGGUGGACCAAGAAUGA